AUGCCUCUUACGAGUUCAGAGUCAACAACUAUCACGCUCCCAGAGGAUUCUAUCACACCACACAAUAUUGAGUCACCGUCGCGUCGCUUGAAGUGCAGGUGGCAAAGGAGGAGGCAGUCGAUUUAUAUAAGCAAUGAGGAGAAUGGAAACCAUUGCGGACGGCCUGUACAUAUCAGAGGGAAGCAAUUCCGGUUGGCUUUAGAAGCUGCAAUUGCACCAGAUGACCAUGAAAGGUUACGGUUUUAUCUCGUGGCAAAGGGCGGAUUCAUGCAUAUUUUUGCAAAGAAUUUCUGUGGCGGGAAUGGGAUUGUUGGAGCUCAGGUUCCAGUAGGGGCGGGAAUAGCUUUUACGCAAAAAUACUUAAAUGGCAACCUUUGCAUUAUUAUUAUAUGGCGAUGUAUAUGUAUGCGAGAACAACCUUAUGGAAUGGAUACAUCUGCAAGUCGAAGCUCAGCUAAUGCUAAAUACCACACGCGAUGCGAAUACAUACUGGGAUUACAAAUAAACGACAUGGACGUUUUCGCAGUACGCCAAGCCUGUAAAUUUGCUAAAGACUGGGUGACUUCCGAAAAGGGUCCCUUGAUCCUUGAAAUAGUAACCUAUCGCUACGGUGGUCAUUAA